ACCAAGUUUGAAACCAACCCCCUCUCGAAGGCAAGGAGGAGGAGGAAGGACGAAGACGGCCACGAAGAAGAAGAAGAAGGCCUCCGUAGCAAGCUAGCUAGCUAUCAUCCCCUGCUGCUCCCGUUCCAUAGCUGCUGCUAGAUUUGGUUGCGAGGAAGGCGAGACUUGAUUGCAGCUUCCGACCUCGAUUGAUUGCAGAGUGCGCAGCAUGGAGUGCAUCUUUGGGCUAGUGGGUGAUGGGUUCGCUCUUGUGGUCACUGAUACAUCGCAAGUGCAGAGCAUUGUCGUGCAGAAGACGAAUGAGGACAAAAUUAUGAUCCUCGACUCGCACAAGCUGCUCGGCGUCACUGGCGAGAGUGGCGACAGAGUGCAGUUUUCGGAGUACAUUCAGAAAAAUAUUCUGUUGUACCAGUAUCGAAAUGGAAUUCCCCUAUCGACAUCGGCUGCUGCGAACUUCACGCGGGGAGAGCUUGCCACUGCUCUCCGAAAGAAUCCCUAUGAAGUGAAUAUGAUGAUAGCUGGGUGGGAUAAGGACCAGGGUCCAUCUCUUUACUACUUGGACUAUAUCUCAACCCUUCAUAAGGUUGAGAAAGGUGGAAUGGGUUACGGUGCAUACUUUCUGCUUUCACUCAUGGACCGAUACUAUGAGAAGAACAUGUCACUGGAGAAGGCCUUGGAGCUGGUGGACAUGUGUAUUGAAGAAGUGAGGAGCAGGCUAGUGGUCUCGCCUCCAAACUUCAUUAUUAAGAUUGUCGACAAGGAUGGUGCUCGGGAGCUUGCGUGGAGGAGAACCGUGGAAGACAAACAGGGACCUCCCUCUGCUGCAGCCCCCAUAGCGUCCCCCAUGGCUGAAGAUGUGUCUGUUUGAAGUUAGAGAAUGCUGGACUAGUCACUGAAUGCUGAGAUGAUAGCAAUGUAUGGAUUGCUUUUUUUUUGGUUCUUUUCGUCACAAUACACACUAGUUCUUGUUGGGGCAUAGUUUGUGCCUCUUCUGAGACUGUUCACGGUAAGGCAGACCCAUAUUGUCAGCCCCCCGUUGAUCACAUUCACUGCAAUUGGUUGUCUAUAAAGGUAGUAACGAUUGUACCCCUUUGGCAAGAUCUUAUACAUCUAAAACAUUGAAUUGGCCUGCUUACAUAAGUACAUGGAUAGCCGUUAGAUAAGUCUGUUUUUUAAUUCCCUCGGAGGAAGUUCGUUA